AGAAAAGUCGUUAGCCAAAAUAUUAACAGAUGGCAAAGCCCCCCAAAAUAUACACAUUUCAUACCUUUCUCAACAUUAACACAAUCAACUUCUCUCCCACCAAAAAAAAAAUGUCAAGAAACCUCAACUUAUGCUUCACAAAGAUAAAAUCUCCGCCGCCGCCGGAAAAUCAAAAUCCACCCUCCCACCUAUUCAAGAACUUCAACUCCCUCUACGAGAGCUUCCCCAUCCCGGGGGCCGCCUCGGCCCCCUCCACUCCCGAUCUCGCCACCGCAUUCGCCUCCCGACGCUUCUUCUUCUCCUCCCCGGGCCGGUCUAACUCCAUCGUUGACUCCUCCUCCUCCUCCUCGUCCGUCGCGUCCACGUCAUCGGCCUCGCUCGACAACGAGGCCGCCGUGGCCGUCCCCACCUACUCGCCGGACCCCUUCGCCGACUUCCGGCGAUCCAUGCAGGAAAUGGUGGAGGCGCGUGGCGUGCACGACGUGGAGGAGAGCUGGGAUUACCUGCACGAGCUGCUCACGUGCUACCUCUCCCUCAACCCCAAACCCACCCACAAAUUCAUCAUCGGAGCCUUCGCCGACCUCCUCGUCGCCCUCAUCGCCGGUAAUUCUCGCCGGAAAACGUAAGAUUUCACCGAUUUUAUGAUCCACUCUCUUUUUUUUUAUGAUUAGUUAUUUAAUUAAUUUAGCGUCGUUUUCGGCUACAUUUGCGGAAUAUUAAUCAUCGGAGAACAUAUGUAAAUGUGAUUAUUUACUCUAUUUGGAUAUAUGACAAAAUGGUUGGUCCCCAA